CUCCAGCGGCGCCGCCCCCCUCCGGCCCCAAUGGUGAACCCGCCGGAGCUCUACCACCGGAUCCUCGACGUCCCCAGGGGCACCUCCUCGCAGGGGCUCCGCGCCGCCUACAAGGGCCUCGCCAGGAAAUGGCACCCCGACAAGCACCCGCCGACCUCCAAGCCCGAGGCCGAGGCGUGCUUCAAGGCCAUCACCGAGGCCUACAAGGCGCUCCUGGACCAGCAGGAGAACCGGGCGGUCUUCGGGGCGUGCAACGACGACCGGGCGGCCAAGAUGUUCGGGACCUUCGGCGCCGGUUGCGGCAGGGCCGGCGCGCGCAUGGCGAGGUCGCGCAGCGACGACUUCUGCAUGCGGAGUGCGCCCGCCACGCCGGCCAGGGAGUUCACCAAGGUCUACAGCUCCGGCAACACGGGCGGCCGCCGCGCCUUCGCCGAGUUCUCCAGCUCCAUCAUGCGCAAGGCGCCGCCGCUGGAGCGCGCCCUCGAGUGCAUGCUCGAGGAGCUCUGUCGCGGCUGCAAGAAGCAGGUCGAGUUCACCCGCGAUGUCGUCACCAAGAACGAGUACUGCCACUCACUCGCCGCUUCCUUCUUCCUCCACCGAUUGAAACCUCGCCUGAAUUCCUCAAGAAAACGAAAUAUCAAUUCACGCGGAACAGGCCUGAUGUGA